UGGGUAAGUUAUAUCCAAAAAAAAAAAAAGAAAUAUAUUUUUUCCAAACAUUCUUCCUAAAAAGAAAAAAAAAAUGGCAAGGGCUCGAGCAAGUUCUUCCUCUACCACAACACUAGCCAUUGUUCUUCUCUGCAUGACCCUCGUCGGUCAGUCUUAUGGUCAGCUGAAGCAAAAUUACUAUGCUGGAAGAUGUAGCGCCAAUGUAGAGAGUGUUAUUUACGAUAUAGUUUCUAAAGCUUACCAAACUGAUAAAACCAUUGUUGCUGCUCUUCUCCGAAUGCAAUUUCAUGAUUGCUUUGUUGGGGGAUGUGAUGCAUCCAUCUUGUUAGAUGGAAGCAACGCGGAGAAAAAUGCACCAUCAAAUGGUAGCGUUCGAGGUUAUGAACUUAUCGAUGCUAUCAAAGCAAGAUUGGAGCAAUUGUGUCCUGGAGUUGUCUCUUGUGCAGACAUCAUUGUCGUAGCAACUAGAGUCGCGGUUGCCUUGGCUCAAGGAAAUUGGUACAUUGUUGAAACUGGAAGAAAAGAUGGGUACUUUUCAUCUAUUACUGAAGCUGAGAAGAACCUUCCUCCACCAACAAUCUCAGUUUCAAAUGCAAUUAGACUAUUCGGUAGCAAAGGAUUGAGCGCUAAUGAUUUUGUGCUCCUCCUAGGAGGUGGUCACACCGUUGGAGCCAUUCACUGUAGCAAAUUCCUAGACCGGUUAUACAAUUACCAGAACACCGGUAGAGCAGAUCCAUCUAUGAAUUCAGCAACCCUUACGUCGUUUCGACAAAGAUGUCCUAGCACUGGAUCAAACAACUUUGUUUACGCCGACCAAACUGUAGGAAGUGAAUACAGGGUGGACAAUGGUUUCUACAAGGCGAUUUCGCUAGGCAAGGGUGUGCUCGAAAUUGAUCAACGAAUUGCAAGCGAUGUUCAAACUAAAAGUACCGUGAGCAGGUUGGCUUACAGUGGGGACUUUGCUACCCAAUUUGGUUACGCUAUGAUCAAUCUUGGUAGGGUUGGAGUCCUUACCCAGGGUCCGGUCAGGAGGAACUGCCGUCGUAACAACUAAUACCACAAACGUA